AUGACGACUAGAUCUGUAAUCACUACUGCCAAACGGCAGCUCAGAUCUUCUGUCAAGAAAACUAUCUUGUCUCUCCCCGCCGAGAAUAUUCUUUCUCAAUCCCAGAUAUGUGUCAACACGCUACUAUCCCUCCCUGAAUACCAGUCCUCGAGGCGCAUUAGUAUUUUUCUCUCAAUGCCAAUGAAGGAAGUUGAUACAUCCUGCAUUGUUGAAGAUGCACUGAUCCAAGAAAAGAUGGUACAUGUGCCUUAUAUUCAUAGACAGUCUAAAUCAUCCCUGGGCAUGGUCGACCCCGCCUCUGUGUCAUCACCUCCGAAUUUGAUGGAUAUGCUUUCGCUGUUCUCUCAAGUCGACUAUGAAUCGUUGGAGCCCGAUUCAUGGGGCAUCCCUACCAUUCCGGAGCAUUCCGUUCCUGGAAGAAGUAAUUGCUUAGACCAUGAAGGACUGGACUUAAUCGUGAUGCCAGGGGUUGCGUUUGAUGAAGGAUUUAGAAGAUUGGGACACGGCAAAGGGUAUUACGACUACUUCCUAGCACGAUAUAAACAGUUGGUAGACUCUAAAGGCGCUGAGGGCAAGAUGAGAAUGCCUAUCCUAGUUGCUUUGGCUUUGAAAGAACAAAUCUUCGAAGAUGGGACUGUACCUGUAAACCUGAGUGAUUGGCCGAUGGAUAUUAUCAUCACAGGAGAAGGGAAGCUUUUACGAAGAUAA